AUGGUCCUCCUCGCCCUUCCUCUCAUCAUCCCUGCCUGCUCCAGUUGCUCUCAUGUGGAUACAGAUGGCCCUAACCCUGCAUCGCCACUAAACCAUGAUGAUCCACAUAAGCCACUCCUAAUCAGUAACAAUCAUCAGAUGGAGUCCAAUGCGAUGGUGCAAAAACCAAUGGAGCACCAGACGCAGGGCAAUUGUUGUGGAACAAUAGUGGGCAAGGGCCACCUGGCGGCGCUCGGUGAAGAACAUAGUGCAAAGAAGCUCAUUCGGUGUGUGGACUUUUGGCUCUACUACACAGCCUACUUCUGUGGAGCCACUGUUGGCCUGGUAUACAGCAACAACUUGGGGCAGAUUGCACAGUCAUUGCAACAGCAGUCACAGCUCACCAUGCUACUUGCUGUCUACUCAUCCUGCUCCUUCUUCGGUCGUCUUCUUUCUGCACUACCUGACAUCCUUCACAGGAAGGUAUCACUUGCUCGCACAGGGUGGCUUGCUGCUGCAUUGGUCCCCAUGCCAAUGGCCUUUUUCCUUAUGUGGAACCAACAAGAUGCAAUCACCUUGGUAGCAGGAACAGCACUAGUUGGCCUAAGCUCAGGGUUCAUCUUUGCUGCAGCAGUGUCGGUGACCUCCGAGCUCUUUGGACCAAAUAGCGUUGGGGUGAAUCACAACAUCCUAAUCACUAAUAUCCCGCUGGGCUCAUUCCUCUAUGGCCAGAUUGCUGCCAUGGUAUACGAUGGAAAUGGCCAAAAGAUAACAGUAAUGGAUAACAGCACUGGCAUUGUUGACACCAUGAUUGUGUGCAUGGGGAUGAAGUGCUACUCAACCACCUUCUUCCUGUGGGCUUGCAUCACAUUUCUGGGGUUAGCAUCAAGCAUAGUUCUAUUCAUACGAACAAAACCAGCUUAUGGUGCUGCUGCUAGCCGGUCAAGUUGUAAGCACCUUCACCAAGUUUCCAGUUAA